CGGCGGAUCUCAGGAGGCGACUUCAUCAUCUCGGCUUGUCUGUUCCACAAUUGCUCUCCUCGGGUCAAUCUUUUUGAUUUAUUAAAAAGUUCUGGAACUCUCACUUUUGUCGUUCCCUUUUUCGUCCAUUUUAUUUAUACCUGUGUGUGGCGCCUCUUUAGUUACUCUUCUUCCUUACAUACCAGUCCGCUCACUCAUUUUUCCUCCCCUCCGCCCUCUACCUCGUUAUCUUAUCAAAACAUAAUGCGUGUUUCUGGUCUCCUUCCCGUCUUGCUGGCGGCUUUGCCGGCUGCCGCUACUAGCAAUGAUGGCCGUGGUAUGCUGGGUCUGGCGCUGGGUAACCAGAAUGCCGAUGGAAGCUGCAAGGUGACCUCCGACUACAAGGCCGAUUUUGAUGCUAUCAAGAGUGUGACGACGCUUGUCCGCACAUACUCCGCUAGCAACUGUGACACCGCCAAGAACAUCAUUCCUGCUGCGAAGGAGAAGGGAUUCAAGGUUGUGUUGGGUGUCUGGCCCGACUAUGACCAGUCGUUCAACGAAGACUUCGACGCCCUCAAGUCGAGUGUGCACGGAAACGAGGAUACCGUUCGUGCGAUCACCGUUGGCUCCGAGGUUCUCUACCGGGGUGGUUUGACUGCCGAACAACUCUUGAAACGCAUCCAGCAGGUCCAGAAGGAGUUCCCCGACCUGAGCGUUGGAUUCGUCGAAAGCUGGAACAAGCUCAAUGACGGCACUGCUGACCCCAUUCUCCAGGGUGGCGUGAACUAUGUUCUUGCCAACGGUUUUGCAUACUGGCAGAACACGGCCAUUGACAGCGCUCCCAAGACCUAUUUCUCGGAUAUGUCGCAGGCCAUGGAGCACGUUCAGCAGGCUGCUGGUGACAACGCGAAGAACAUCCGCUUUGGUAAUGGCGAAACUGGCUGGCCUACUGAUGGCGGUUCGGACUACGGUGCUGCCAAGGCCGGCACUAAGAACGCCGAGCAGUACUGGAAGCAGGGUGUCUGCGGCAUGCUCGCCUGGGGUGUGGAUGUCUUCUACUUUGAGGCUUUCGACGAGUCGUGGAAGCCCUUGAGCAAGGGUGACAACGGCCAGAUGAUGGACGAGACUCACUGGGGUCUGUUCACUGCGGACCGCAAGCUCAAGUUUGACAUCUCGUGCCCGAAGAACUAAACCCCGCAUCGGCGUUUGAUGGCUACUGAAAAAAAAAAAGUUGUCUGACAAUGUUCGCUUCUUUGUAUCAUAUGGGAUUGGAUAGAAAUCAAAAGUAAUUUCGUCCAUCUGG